AUGAUGCGCGAUAAGUUCUUAAUAUUUUGUAUUGUUGUCUGUGGCUUUGCUGUUGUGGGAUACUCACUACAACGUGAAAAAUGUGACUGUUAUGCUGCCGUUAUUCCAGAGAAUUGUUAUAAACUCUGCAAUUCUAUUACCCAACCUCCACCACCAGCUCGUUAUGACAUUCUUAAAAAAUUAAACCCUGUUCCAGGCUAUAGUUCCCACAAAGAGAAAGUAAACCCUCGCCCACCUGCUCCUCCAGUCACUGCGCCUCCAUUACCACAGCCUCAGCGAAUAAGACCAUGUCCCAAUGGCAACUGCCCAGUUCGACAGGAGCCAUCUAAGCAACCUCCGGGAUGGGGAGGUGACUGUACAAGCGGAGACUGCUUGGAAGGUCAACAACCAAAACCGCCACAAAAUAGUCGACAACGGCGUAAAUUGGGCGAUCAUUAUAAACUAACCAGCCAAGGAAGAAAUCCCGGUGGAACUGAUUUGGCAAAAAAUUUCGUAUCAGGAUAUGAAAAUAUAACCGUACCUGGAUGGGGGAGUAAAUGCCCAAAUGGCAAAUGUGUCGAAGGAAAGCAACCACCUCCAUAUUACUCACCUCACUGUAAUUGGAAGCAACAGGGAGGCAAUUCAAGCUCAAACACUCCGCAAAUUUUAAAAUUCGCAUCCGGUGGUGUAAAUAAAAUCAGACCAUCAGAUGAUCUGAUCAGCCAACCACAACGAUAUCAAGCUUGUCUAAAAGAUGGAUCGUGCGGUUGUUGGGGAGGUGAUGUAAAUUACUUAUCAAUGAAGAAUGAUAAAGCAACAUGCGAACCAUAUGGUUGUGGCUAUAAAUUUGGUAGUAGCUGUGGCAUUAAAUGGACGAUUUUGUAUGCUGACUAUGAACGCUAUCCUGGGCAUAUGAGAAUAGAUUUUGUUACGAAAAGUGAAAUUUUGAGAAUCAUGCCUCACAUUGAUCUCAACUUUGCAAAUGUGCUCUUCUUUGUGGAACCGGGAUUUGCCCGUUAUAUCAUCAAUAAGCACAUGGAUUUGCCUAACUUAUUGUUUUACAUGGAUGAGCCAGUACUGUAUAAAAUGAUGGACACUGUUCCAAAUCUUGAAAGCAGAAUUAGCGGUUUUACUCCUGUCGAAAUUUCGAACGUAUUUUGUCGCGUGCAUAACCAAUGCCAUUUCAUGGAUAGAUUCUCCAAGAAAAGUCAAGAUAUUAUUAUCUUUAAGGUGAAAUACUUGAAGCACUGCAGAGAAAAGAAGGUUGUCAAACCGUAUGUCAAUAUGAUAACUAACACUCCGGGUGAAAAUUUGAUCAUCACAAAAACCCAAAUUGCUUUAAUUGAAGAGAAGAUUCCGAAAUUCAGAGCCUUGAUCCCUAGGAUUACCGAAACGGGGGCUAGACUUGUUUCUAAUCAUUACAAGGAUGUAUCGACAUUGUUCGUCGGCCUGCAUGAGAGUAUUAUAGCCCGAAUUAACAACUUCCUUGACACAUUCGCCGAUAAGCUUUAUGACUUCAGCAAUGAAGAAAUUGCAGAGAAAAUGAUUGGCUCUACAAAGGACGUAAUGGCCUUGCUUGUUAAAAGAUUAUUUAUAUAA